AAAGACUUCCAAGCUUUCAGAAACUGCCUGGAAUUCACAUCAACUAAUCGACGAACUUGACUGUUCCCUUCUUCAUCUAUUGAAGAUUCAUGUAAAGAACUUUACAAGAAACUUCUAAAUUUCUAAAUCAAGAAGAUGACGAAGAAGAAGAUGAAGACUAUAACUUAACGAAGUCAUUUGAAAGCAGCCCAGAAAGAUUUUCUUCCACUUCUGAAACUGUUUUCUCUUUUCCAAGUCCAUCUUAUUCUUCUUCUUCUUAUGCCACUCCCACCUUCAAAACCAGUAAAGAAGAAAAGAAGAUGAUCGAGGUGAAAAAAAUUGAUAGGAAAAACACUAAUUUUGCAUACAGCUUCUGUGAUCAUGUGAAAAUGGGGGUGAAGUUUUCAGAGACAGUGAAGGGGAAGUUGAGUUUGGGGGCAAGAAUUAUUCAACAAGGAGGGAGGGAAAAUAUUUUCAAGCAAGUGUUUGGAUUGGGAGAAAACGAAGAAUUAUUGAAGGCUUCACAAUGUUAUUUAUCAACAACUUCUGGUCCUAUUGCUGGAUUGUUAUUUAUUUCUACUGAGAAAGUUGCAUUUUGCAGUGAAAGAUCCAUUACUUUCUCUUCCUCUGAUGGCCAAUUCAUUAGAUCUCCAUACAAGGUUAUGAUACCCAUAAGGAAGAUAAAGAAUGUUCAUGAAAGUGAGAACUUGAACAAGCCAGAGAAGAAAUACAUAGAAAUUGUGACAGUGGAUGACUUUGAGUUUUGGUUUAUGGGUUUCUUGCGCUAUGAAAAAGCUUUCCGAAAUCUUCAGAAGGCCAUUGCCAAGGCCAAUCAAAUUGUAAGGUAAAUUAAACUCAAGAAACAAAGUUCAAUGAGCAAG